UGCGUGGACAUGCAGCUCCAUACCUGUGGUGACGUCCCUUACAACCAGACGGCCUUCCCCACGCUGCUGGAGCACCGGUCCCGGGACGCCGUGGAGGCCAGCACGGAGUACAUCCUGCUCAGCGUGCUGUCCCACCUGCUGGAAGGCCAGUGCAACCCCGACCUGCGGCUGCUGGGCUGUGCCGUGCUGGCCCCUCGCUGUGAGGAUGGCCGCCCUUGGAGGCCCUGCCGGCACGUGUGUGAGGGCCUGCGGGGGGCCUGCCAGCCAGCCUUCGAUGCCAUCGACAUGGCCUGGCCCUACUUCCUGGACUGCUCCCGCUACUUCGCCCAGGUGGAGGAGGGCUGCUUUGACCCCCUGGAGAAGCUGCGUGGUGGCCUGGAGGCAGAGGACGCCCCACCCUCGAGCCUGCCCCCCACCUUCAUCCACUUCACCCACCACUCCUAUGCCCAGAUGGUGCGUGUGCUGAAGAGGACGGCCGCCCGCUGUCCCCACAUCGCCAAGACCUACAGCAUCGGGCGCAGCUUCGACGGCAAAGACCUCCUGGUCAUUGAGUUCUCAGGCCGCCCCGGCCAGCACGAGCUGAUGGAGCCUGAGGUGAAGCUCAUUGGCAACAUCCAUGGCAACGAGGUGGCAGGCCGGGAGAUACUCAUCUACCUGGCUCAGUACCUGUGCUCGGAAUACCUGCUGGGCAACCUCCGCAUCCAACGUCUGCUCAACACCACCCGUGUCCACCUGCUGCCCUCCAUGAACCCCGACGGCUAUGAGGUGGCUGCCGCCGAGGGUGCUGGCUACAACGGGUGGACGAGUGGCAGGCAGAACGCACAGAACCUGGAUCUGAACCGGAACUUCCCUGACCUGACGUCUGAGUACUACCAGCUGGCAGGGGUCCGGGGUGCACGCAGUGACCACAUGGCCAUUCCCCAGCACUACUGGUGGGGUAAGGUGGCUCCGGAGACGAAGGCCAUGAUGAAGUGGAUGCGUACCGUCCCCUUCACGCUCUCGGCCAGCCUCCACGGGGGCGACCUGGUGGUGUCCUACCCUUUCGACUACUCCAAGCACCCCCAGGAGGAGAAGAUGUUCUCGCCCACCCCUGAUGAGAAGAUGUUCAAGCUGCUGGCCAGAGCCUAUGCCGACGUGCACCCCAUGAUGAUGGACAAGUCAGAGCAGAGGUGUGGGGGGAACUUCCUCAAGAGGGGCAGCAUCAUCAACGGGGCAGACUGGUACAGCUUCACUGGAGGUAUGUCUGACUUCAAUUACCUGCAUACCAACUGCUUCGAGAUCACCGUGGAGCUGGGCUGCGUGAAGUUCCCGCCAGAGGAGGCGCUGUACACGCUGUGGCAACACAACAAGGAGUCACUGCUGAGCUUCGUGGAGAUGGCGCACCGAGGCAUCAAGGGGGUGGUGAUGGACAAAUUCGGGAAGCCGGUCAAGAACGCCCGGAUCGUCGUCAAGGGGAUCCGUCAUGACGUCACCACAGCCCCCGAUGGUGACUACUGGAGACUGCUGCCCCCGGGGUCCCACAUCGUCAUCGCUCAAGCCCCUGGCUACUCCAAGGUCAUCAAGAGGGUCACCAUCCCCGCCCGCAUGAGGAGGGCCGGCAGGGUGGACUUCAUCCUCCAGCCCUUGGGAACAGGGCCCAAGAAGUUCCUGCCUGGGCCACAGAGAGGUGGACCGGGCCCCCGCGACCCACUGGAGGACAGUGGCCAGCAGGGCGAGCUCCUGGAGGUGCGGAGGCAGCCCUCUGGCCGUGGUGCCAAGCCCUGGUGGUGGGCUUACCUCAGCUCGCUGAGUCCCCACAAGCCUCGCUGGCUACUCAAGUACUGA